UAAAGCCUCUUCUACAACCAAUCACUAGAGUUAAAUUCCUGGAUGACAUCAUGAGCCCUGCCUAUGAAACUUUUGUUAUUUUUUCCCUCCACCAACUUCAGUUGUUCCCACAAACUCGGUGACGGAGAAGCCUUGUAGUUUCUCAGAGCAUAUCAUCACAUAUUUCAGAAAUCACUGGCUACUGAGCUCCACAAAGACUCUUAAAACAAAGCAAACAAGAAGAUACUAAGCACUUUGCACUGCCCUUGAAAACCACUGCUUCUUAAAAAUCUGCACCCACUUCCUUAAAUUUUGCGCUUUCCUGUUGCCAUGGAGAAGGUCCAGUACAUAACCCGCUCUGCUAUGAGGAGAGCCUCAACUAUUGAGGUGAACCCACAAACACGCCAAAGGCUUCAAGAGCUCUUUGUGAAUUUUUGUCUUAUCUUAAUAUGCCUCUUGCUUAUCUGCAUCAUUGUGAUGCUUCUUUGAAGUCUGGCUUCUUUGAUUGAUCUUCACGGCGCUGUGCAAAUGAGGAAAGCAGCCAGAGGGAGAAAAGAACCAAAGAGGAAAUUUCCAGCACAAGGAAAUCCUUGCAAGAAAGUCCAGCAUUCGGACUAAACAAAUUCUAACCAGCUGCACUAUUCACUUAUUAGCCACUGCAACCAUGUUAAAAGCUCCUGUACUGAACAGUGAUUUGAAACGUAUUGUUAAGUGUUAAGUGCAGACUUGUUUUACUGAAUUGAUGUGUUAGUAAAAAUAGCUAUAAAAUGUCCAAUAGCAAGUUUUACAUAUGACCAUCAAUAAGUUUUAACUAUGGCUCUGAAAUGGGUUCACAUUUGAAUGGGUAGGUAGAGAUCGAGGCUAAAUGAACUGUUAACAGGUACACUUAGAUCAUUACAUAGUUUAGAAAAUAUUCUGCACAGCCUACUUUCAAAUCUUGAGUACUUGGAUUGUUUACUCAAACUAUUAUUAAGCUUGCCUUAGCGUGUUUAUGACUGAAACUUUGAAAUUAAUGUUAAACCAUUACACAGUCACCAACUUUCCGGUCUAAAAAAUAAACGUAUUCAAUCAACCCAUAGUUAAAUGAAGUUAAUUUUCCGCCUGAUAUGCCUAUUGCACAUUUCAGCAAUGGCAUUUGUCUAGAACAGCCUGAAA